GCCUCUUGAGGAUGACCCACCUUCAUGAGCAUUAACGAUCUCGGAGCAGUGCAUGGAAGGUGUGACUCCACCACCGUGCCUGCAAGCACGCUUGCGUAUAUGCGAGACUUGCUGGUUCACCUGGCCCCCUCUUCAAUGGCCUUCAUCCAACCUCAGUACGCACACUUGAGAAGGUUCUUUGCAGCGUGCUCCAACGACUGCGCUUCCACGACAGCCUGGCAAAACGGUCUUGUUGCUAGGAACAACCAGAAAAUAAGGGAGCAAAAUUACCAUCCCGCUGCAAUCAAUACUGUGCGACUGAAUUCUCCUGGUGUAUAUCGGGCAUGCCAAAUCACGGAAAUGCGGUGCCCUAAUUGGGAGGGCACGACCAUUGGAUUUUGUGCACCGCUUGCAAGCCAACGGCGUGAUAUAGUGCCAACUGACGAAUUUGCAACAGAAGUGGCAAAGAGCUCAUUAUCCAACAAUCCUACGGAGAUCAAUAAAGACGCGGAACCAUGGACCAACCAGGGGACGAUGUUUCCACCGGAGGUGGCAAAGUGCCCACCCCAACGAUCAGCUGGGGCUGACUACGACGAGCAAGUGGACAUGGGGAAACGCUACCGAACAAGCUACAGUCCCAAACAAAUUGAGUUACUCGAAAAGACCUACCAAGCAGAGCGCUAUAUCAGCCGUCCACAGCGAAAUAAACUGGCACAGGAGUUAAAACUACCAGAAAAUACCAUCAAGGUUUGGUUCCAAAAUCGAAGAAUGAAAGAGAAACGACAGGCCUUGAUGUUGCCAACCGUUGCUGGUGAGUCGCUUACACGCCUGCGCCCGUCCCUAUGGUGGAUAUCUGCUGCAGCUUUCCUCCUUGUUUUUAUGGUAUAUUUAUUCGGUUUCGAUCCAUACGGUUGGAUAGAAGAAAGAACUUCAACAUGGUUGUAG